CUACCUAAGAAACUAAGCCCAGCCCAUAGAACAACCCUCGGCCCAAUUUAAAAGUAGAAGGUUUGGUUUUCCUGUGCACAUCUUCCUUCGAUCUUCGUCACCGCGAAAGCAAGAGGGAUCAGUUUUCUCGACCCUGAACUGUUGGUUUACCAAAUUACCGAAAAGGGAGAACUAACUGCCAGCAGAGAAAAUGUCUUUGAGCAAUGGAGUGAAGUCAUGUGCAAAGCUGCUGAAGUCUUCAGAACCAUUGUUGGUGAAAUCAGCUAAUCGAGGGUUUCACUCAACUGGUGUGAAGAGAAUGGGAGGACAUGCUCACGGACAUGAUGAACCAUAUUAUUUGCACGCGAAGCAUAUGUACAAUUUGGAUAGGAUGAAAUAUCAAAAGCUGACCAUGACGCUUGGAGUUUUAACUGCAUUCAGCAUUGGCGUGGGUGUUCCAAUCUAUGCAGUCGUCUUUCAGCAGAAGAAGACAGCCUCUGGAUGAUUUGACCAAACACAUGCGUAUGCCAUUUUAGCACGAUAUGAAGAUUCGUUGCGCCUCUGUUGGUCUUGUUCGUUUUCUUAACUUUGUAUAAACCCUCACGUCAAAAUGCACAGAAACUCGAAACGUGGAUUCUGAUUUUGGCAAUAAGUUUUUUCAUCAACAUCCCAUUAUUUGACAUUUUUGUUCCAUUCCCUUUUAGACAUAAAAGGUAUUUGAUCUUUUAAAUAUCAUCCCUCCCUGCAUCUGCUUUUA